GUAACACCAUUUGUGGACGGCUACGUCGUCGCCUAUCACGACGACCACUGCUGUACACUGUCAUGUCUCUGUCACUGACGUUCGUUACUACGGUUUCAUUGGCGAUCGUGGUACCUGUACUCCUGACGCACUUCAACCGCCAACCUGGGAUCCAUGGCUCUCCGGCUACAACCAUAGCAGGACCCAAAACUACUGACAGUGGUGCCUGGCAAAGUUCUGCUGUACUGAUGGGGACUGACAAGGUGACAUCUGCUGACGUCAUCAAGGUGAUUCCAGUCCAUGGGCGUGGUCCCUCCUUGGCCCCUCUGCAGCCGGCUACAGCCACGGCAGGACCCAAAGCUACUGACAGUGGUGCCUGGAAAUGUUCUGCUGCACGGAUGGGGACUGGCAAGGUGACAUCUGCUGACGUCAUCAAGGUGAGUCCGGUCCAUGGGCGUGGUCCCUCACCCGGCAUCACUGCGGAGAUGGAAGCAGCAGGACCUGCACCAAUCAACUUGCCGGGGUCCACGGGCACUGGAGAAACGUCUGACCAAGCCAGUAGGCCACGCAUCAUCACAUUUGGUGAUGAGCCGGGGGCUGGAAAACUGCGCAGCGCCCGCGGAGUGGCAGUCUCCCCCGACAACAAGAUCUGGGUGGCUGAUCGGUCCACACCGCGCCUCAAAGUGUACAGCAUGGAAGGCGUUUACCUGCACCAGUUCCCACAAGCUGCUCCAGGGCUAGGGUACUCAUCAAAGACACCAUCUGAUGUGUCCAUCGACAAGGAUGGUCAUCUGUGGGUCUUGAUGAUUGGGUACCCUGCCAGCCCUGACUCCGUGGUACAGGUGACCAGGGAUGGUGAUCUCAAAGCCAACUUUGACCUACCUGGCAGUGUGCCACGGGGAGGGGUCCGCGGAAUGGCUGUGGGCUUGUGCAAUAACCACGUUUACGUCACAUGGUCUGACGGUCACUCCCGUGGUGGUGUGCAGGCCUUCACGCCGGAUGGGAAACUCCUGUGGAAUGCCGAUCCGAGGAUGAAGACGCCGAUAUACGUCGCCGUUGACGGGAAAGAAAACAUCUUCGUCUCGGACUAUGACACUAGCAUCAUCUACAUGUACGACAAGACCGGCCGGUUCGUGAAGAAGUUCGGAGGACCGGGACUGAGUGGUGGCCGCCUGAAUCGUCCCGAAGGCAUCUGUGUGGACAGUUCCGGCCAGAUCAUGGUGGUGGAUGCACUCAACAAGCGCGUGGUGAUGUACACCGGCCGGGGUGAGUACGUCCGCCACAUCGCUCUCCGUGCGGAAUCCCCCCCAGCAGGGGUGGCAGUGGGGCCGGGGGGACAGCUGGUUGUGGCCCAUAGUUACACUAUCACUGUCUUCCCCCGCUACUGAUGGUGUUGAAGGAAGUUGAUGUUUGUAUGAUGGGAAUGGUUGACUGUAGCACUUAGCUGAAAUACCUUUUGUACAUUAUUCAGGAAAGCCAUGUUGAUUUGAUUAUAUGGAUGACAUCCGCGCACGCAUCAAUUUUCGGCCGUUUUAAAAGAAAGUGUUCGACCAUACUAAAUUGUACAAAUCAGCUGCAAAACGGCACAUGUAUGCCGUAGAUUGCAAAAAAAACGGUCAUUAAUGUUACGUAGUGCCAAAGUAAAUUUUAAGGUCAAAGAAGAUGUGAAAGAGCAAAAAUAAGAAAAAUCCAUUGUUUAGUAUAACUUCCUCUGUUCAGUCAUUUGUACAACCUUUCUGUGAACAUUUGUACUUAGAUUUCAUAAUGAAGGCAACUUUUUUUCCAAACUUUUCUUAUUCGCAUGCUCGCAUCAGUUUUGGGUUCCCAGAGGAUGUCACCCAUAUAAUGGCAAAUCAACAUGGCCUAACUGCUGUGUAGAAACAUUUCUCUUGUAACUACUGACUGUAAUGAAGGGAAAAUGCCUAACAGAAAGCAAUUCACUACAAAUAGACAAAUGCGAGAUUUCUCUAUUUUUGCUACUGAAUGAAGUGCGAGGCAAAGAGAUGCAAUAGUUCACUGCCAGCUUUAUGUUAUGUGGAUAUAAUUUUAUAUAACGUUUUAUUAGUAGUUGUAAGCUUCUUUGGUUGAAGGAACAUCCAGCUUUAGUAGGAAAUAUUAAUUGCCGUGUAAUUUGACCCAUAAAUAACUUUGUAUUAGAAUUUGGAAAACUAUAGCCGUUCGAUUCUUAUAAUGCACAUCAAUAGCAGUCGUAUCUCAUUGCACAUACUGUGUCAUGCAGACUUAACAUCUAUUGUAUUAC